AUGAAUUUUUGGGACCCUCAUACUGGGAAGAAUUUUCUCGGGGAGGCCAGCCUUAACUCAGAUAUUGAGUAUACCGGGCUUGGAAAGAUCCCAAUGAUCCAAAUGUUUCCUCCAGAUAAAAAAGCAAAUAAAAUUUCAGAUAAAUUUUUAAAGCUAAAUGAGGAAAAGAACAUUAAAAUGGUUGUAAAUGGCCAAAAGAAUUACUAUACUAAACUAAAAACUCGACUUCAACGAGAUCUUACAAAUAUUCAAAAAGUUUCGAAGCGCUUAAAGAAAUCAAGAGAGUUAACACAAAAGACAAGUCAAAUUCUUGACCAAAAGAUACUUCAAUUCGAAACAGGCUAUAAAAAUUACAUAAAUGAUACAACAACCAAAAUUCCUGAUCCAACAGACGAAGAAAUCACUCAAGAACAAAAUAUGUACAAAUGUUACAAAGAAUCAUUAGCAAAAUUACGCGAAACUAUUGAAACAGAACAAACAACAAUGUUUUUAGAGCGAAAUCAGCUUGUUGAGGAAAGAAAAAAAGUUGAUGCUGAAAGACUUGACUUCAAGAAUGAUUUUGAACGUGUUAAGAAUGAGCGCAAAGUUCUAGAAGCCGAGUUUAAUCGUGUUCAAGAUAUUCUUACAGUUUCUCGUUCAGAUGUUGAGAAAUACGAAGAUCAACAGAAGAAAAUAGAUGAUCUUACAGCCGAAUUCGAGAAAGAGCUCAAAGAACAUGAAGAAAAGAAGAAGAAAUUUGGAGAUUUGGUAAAUGCAGUUAAUAAAGAGACCAGAAAGAUCAAUCUACAAAGAGAACGACUCAUACAAGCCCAAGAAGAUAUAAAUAUCAACAUCAGACAGUUCGAAAUGAAGAAAACCGCUUAUCAAGAUUCUGCAAACCAAGUUUCUGAGAUUAACCGCAAGAUUAGGUCAGAAAUAACCAAAAUAAAUGAAGAGAAAGAAGAAUUGAAGAAGGAAUACGAGCUCCUGAUCCAAGAACAAGAAAGUACGAAACCGGUAAAAGAAUUAUUCCUUGUUCAGUUCAAUAAACUCCAAGAUGAACGUCGAAACUUAGCAGUUCUUGCCCAGACACUUGCAGAGGAACAGGCAUCUUUGGCGUACGAAGAAGCUUUGAUCGAUGCAUCUUCAAAUCUCCCUCCAGAACUGAGCGAAUUGCAAAGACUGACCAUACAAAAGAACACACUAACUACGAAUAUCCAAGAAGUGCAGAAGAAACUCAAAGACGCCCAGUUGGAAAGGAGCAGAUUGGAAGAUAAGCUUGAAAGAAGGGCCAAACUCGAACAACAAAAGAAGAGAGAAGAGAAUGCAGCUGUCAGAUCAAAGAAACUGCUUCAAAUCUACUUCAAACAAAAAGAGGAACCAAAAGAGGAAAAACCGAAACCGAAAAUUUCGGAAGAUUCAAUUCCGAAACAAAAAAUCAGUCGUAAGGUCGAAAAGUUCUUAAGAGCAAGAAGAAUGAACUUCCCAAAGGGAAGCCACAAAUGGUUCGCAGAUGGAGAAGACGAUCCAAACAUGCAGAACAGAGGAAAACCACCAAUUUUCAUAGAUACUCAUACUCAAGAUGUAAUUGAAAAAGUGACAAAACCGCAACCUAAAACAAGCAAAGGCAUGUCACUUGUUGCUGAGUAUUCACAAGAAAGAAGUAAAGAAUCCAAGAGUGAAUCAAUUAGCGAACAAGCGAUCAUUGAAAAAGAAAUCAGAAACGAAAUUUUGGAAAAACAAAGACGAAACAAAAAACAAAAUUAUAUCAAAGUUGAACUACCAAAUGUCGGAAAGAAGCCAGUUUCAAGUGCGGAUAAAACAAUUACAAUUGAAACAGCCAACUACCAGGCUCCUGUCAACAAACCACUCAAUGUUGCCAUCAAAACAAACCAGAAUAAAGAUCAAGAAAAAACUUUACAAGAAGAAAAAGAUUCAGGAUCAGAAACAUUCCAAGAAGAAGAGAAACCAGCAGAAACUAAACCAGAAUCAAAAGAAGAAGUCAAGCAAGAAACAACUAAAGAAGAAAUCACCACAGAAAAGCCUAAAGAAGAAGAAAAAAUUACAGAAGAAAAAGUUGAUGUUCAAAAGGAAGAAACGAAAAGUGACAACACCGGAGUCAAAAGUGACAAUGAAGAGCCGAAAAGUGACAACGGGGAAACGAAAAGUGACAAAGAGGAAACAAAAAGUAACAACACUGAAAAUGAAAUUAAAGUUGAAGAAAAAGAGGAAACUAAAGAAGCAGCAGGUGUUGUUGAGAUGCUUGAAGAUGAAAAUGGAUAUCCAUAUACAAGAGUUGUUGGAGAAGAUGGAAAAGUUUAUAUUUAUUUCCUUGGACAAGACGGAAACUACUAUGUAAGAUAUCAGGAUGAAGAAGGCAAGGAUGUCAUCCAGCUGUAUGUUCCUGAACCAGAGAAUGGCCAAGACGAAUUAAAUGAUGAAGAAAUAUAG